UCAGAGUUCGCGAUCGUCCACGUCGUCGUUUGGUCUUCUCCGGCGAAUUGGGAGCCCUCUGCGGCGACGAUGGGCUCGAACAAGGAUCGCGGACCCCAAAGGCCGCCGGUGGGGCUCCUCUACGACGAGAGGAUGUGUCGGCACUCGACGCCGGACGGUGAGCCCCAUCCUGAGUGUCCGGACAGGAUCCGCUCCAUUUGGGAGAAGCUUAAGUCUGAGGGCAUCCCUCAAAGGUGUGUAGUUUUGAAUGGUAAGGAAGCUGAGGAUGAGCAUAUAGCAUCUGUUCACACCGACGGACAUAUCAAGCUGAUCAAGGCUAUUAGCUCUAAACAGUUUGAUCCUAGACGUGAUAAGAUUGCAUCCAAGUUUAACUCUAUUUAUCUUAACAAGGGAUCAUCUGAAGCAGCUUACCUUGCUGCAGGCUCAGUUGUUGAGGUGUGCAAGAGGGUUGCAGAAGGCGAGUUGAGUUCUGGCUUUGCUAUUGUUAGGCCUCCAGGACAUCAUGCAGAAGCUGAUGAAGCUAUGGGUUUUUGUCUCUUCAACAAUAUUGCGAUUGGAGCUCAUUUUCUCUUGGACAAACCAGAACUAGGGAUUAAGAAGAUAUUGAUUGUGGAUUGGGAUGUUCAUCAUGGCAAUGGCACACAAAAAAUGUUCUAUGAGGACCCUAGGGUUUUGUUCUUCUCUGUCCACCGGUUUGAUUUUGGGAGCUUUUAUCCUGCUGGUGGAGAUGGUGCAUACUGUAUGAUAGGGGAAGGACCAGGUGCUGGAUAUAAUAUUAAUGUCCCUUGGGAACAUGGGCAUUGUGGUGAUGCAGAUUAUGAUGUCAUUUGGGACCAUGUUUUGAUUCCAAUAGCUAAAGAUUACAACCCGGAUAUAAUUUUGAUUUCUGCUGGAUUUGAUGCAGCUAUUAAUGAUCCACUUGGUGGCUGUCGUAUCACACCAUAUGGAUAUUCACUUUUGCUCAUGAAGCUGAUGCAAUUUGCCCAAGGAAAGAUUGUUAUGGCUCUUGAAGGAGGCUACAAUCUCACCUCUUUGGCGAAUUCAGUCCUUGCUUGUGUGAAAACUUUGUUAGAAGAAAAAACUAUCAAUGGAUCUUUGAGGGAUUAUCCUUUUGAGUCCACAUGGCGUGUGAUACAGCAGGUUCGUCAUGAACUAAAAUCAUUUUGGCCUUCUUUGGCUCUGGAGUUACCACAAGAAUUACUGGCCUGCAGUAGAACACUAACCCAAGCUCAGCUAAAUUAUUACGUCAGUUCUGAUUCUGAUGUGGAGAAUGAGGAAGGACCCUCGAGCGAAGUAUUUUCUGCAAAUGUGGUUGAAGGUGUUGAAGAUAUGAUUCAACCAUUCUUAAACCUAAGUGUAGGUGAAGAUAAGCAUGGUGAAACCAAAACUUCAGACCACAAAACUAAUAAUCUAGAUUCUUCAGAAAGGCAUACUGUUCCAGAAGCAUCAGAUAGUAAGGAUAUUUACAAAAAUAUUAGUUCGUGGAGGAUCGCUUAUUCAAAGAUUGACAUUUGGUAUGCAACCUUUGGUUCAAACAUGUGGGAGCCAAGAUUUCUCUGUUAUAUUAGAGGUGGACAGGUGGAAGGUAUGAGCCGACCGUGUCAUGGAUCAUUGGAUGAAAGCUUGCCCAAAUCUGUCAUGUGGAAGACUUUUCCUCAUCGUUUGUUUUUCGCUAGAUCUCAUUCUGUGACAUGGGGAAUGGGCGGUGUAGCCUUUCUUCACCCUGAAAACAACACCAACGAGAAAGUGCACAUGUGCUUGUACAGAAUCACGCUUGAGCAGUUCAAUGAUAUCUUACUUCAAGAGAACGUUGUUGUUCAACACCGGGAUACUCCUUUAUUUGAUCUAUCUAGUCUACAAUUUGUUUCUGAAAACAAGUCCAAAGUUUUGGAGGAACUUAAGUGUGGAUGGUAUCCUAACGUCCUUUAUCUGGGGAAAGAUGAUAACCUCCCUAUCUUAACGAUGACUUGCCCACUCUCCACUGUUGAGGAAUGUAAAUCAGGUAAGGUGCCGAUGAUUGGUGCUUCAAAGGAAUACAUGAAAGUAUUGGUAAAAGGGUUGGUAGAAGGGAAACAAUUCACUCAAGAUGAUGCAAUUGCUUACAUUAAUGAAGCUGCGACGAAGAGUUUAUAACUGUUAUUUAGUUCUAUUUUGCUUCAUUGUAAGUUUAAAAGAGGUGAAUGACUCACCACUGAAGUAAAAUAUAGUGUGGUAGUUAAAUUUGUAAACCCUGAAAUUGUUCAUGGUAUGAACACCAGUUGUUGAAUGCUUUUUAGAUUUGUAUAAAAUGGUUAUUGUGUUGCAAA